AUGAAACAAGCGAAGUACAGGGCAGAAGCUUUUAUUGUACCUGUGUGUGUUGAUACCAAUACAAAUUCUAUUUUAAGUGAAACAAAUGUUGGGAGAGUAGAAUUGAAUGAAUUUGUAGACAGAUCUAUAAAUAUAGAAGAAAAAGAGACAAAUUGUAUUAAAAAUCAUACAGAUAAUUUGCUGUUUUCUACAGAAGAGGAAAGCCUUCAGAAUCUCAAGAAUUCCAUCAUUUUUGAGAAGAAUAUUAUAGCAAAUCAUGUUGAUAGCAUUGAAGAAAACCAAAACACAUCUGCCAAUUUUUAUUCUUCUCUUAGUAUUCCUAAAAUAAAGCAUGAGGUAUUAUACAAUGCAAGUUUCUCUUCCAAUAUAUUCAAUAAGGUUCAGAGGUUGACACCAAUUGAUGAAAAACAUGAAGAUGCUGAAGAAAAACUUACAGAUCUAUGUUAUCAUGGAUGCAAAAAUGGAUGUUCUGCAACUGUACCAACACCUCAAGAAGUCAGUGAAGAAGUAUUUAAAGAAAAUUGGUUACAAAAAUUAGAAGACAUAAAACGAAAAGAAGCAGAAUUAAAAAACAGAGAAAUAAUUUUACAAAAUCGUGAGAAAGCAUUGUUUAAGAAGGAAAAAGAAAUAAAAACCUUGGAGCAUAAAUUAAGCGAUAAAUUGAAGCAGAUAGAUUUACAUCUUAAAGAACAUAAAUACUUGCAAGGUGUAUUAAGAAUAUGUAAUUCUCAAAAAAAUAGUUUAGAAUCACUAAGUGCUGAUUAUAAAUUAUUAAAUAAUAUCAUUGCAGAGAAGGUAGACAAUGCACAUAUUAAUAACUUUAGCCUGUCUGGUACGCAAAUUGUUUCAACACAAGAUUCUUCUUAUAAUCAACUAGAACAAUUAAAUAAACAGUUGAAUAAUAACAUAGAGACUACAUGUAAAGAUUUACAAGAAAAAGAGUGCAGUGGGAGUUCUUGUUCUUCUGAUCUUAGUACAUUUGAAGGAAGAAAAUCAAAGCCACAAUCUAAUUUUAAAAGUUCCAUAACUUUAAAAGCUAGAUCCAAAAUUACUUCCAAUAAUUCUAAUAAAUUAAAGAAAUGUCCUAUGAUCUGUUAUGAAGACUUAGAUACUACAUUAUCUGCAGACAUAGGAGAUUCGUCCUUUGUCCAGACUUCACAGAAAUUUAAUCCAAAAUUAUAUAAAAAACCAUAUGUAUUUACAAGAUCGGCUAGUGAACGUCGUGGAAAAUAUGCAAGUAAGGGAAGCAACUUAAAUUUUCAAGUUCAAAACUUGGGCAGUGUUAGAGAAGAAUUUGAUGCACCUGUUGGAAUUGAACAAGGCAAGGUAUUAGACAGAGUUACUAAAAACAUAUCUGCUUCACAAGAUAAAAAUACAAAAUUUCAAAACUAUGGCCUCAUAGACCAUAAUACAGGCAAACCAAGUAAGGUACCUACAAUGGAAAAUGAGAAAAAGUAUUCAUAUCUUGAUUUAGAAACAGGAAGUAGAUUAUAUUCCCAUCAAAGACUGAUUAAAAACACAAAGGAUAGACCAAUGUCUUGGAAUGAGGAAACAAAUGAGUGGUUACAGAAGAAACGAAAGGCUUACAACAUGACAGCCAAAAAAGUAUUAGAAAACACAGAAAAUAAAGAGAACCAUAAAUGUGGUACCAAAACUGAUAAGACUGAAAAAGUGAUAAAGAGAAGUGAUUUAAAAAAUAAAAUACUUACUAUAUUUCGUUGA